UCCCGACCGGCCCCGCGCGCUUCACCCGCCAGGUUUUGCCUGAGCCCGCCAGCGUCCGGGAUGGAGAGCGCAGAUGAAGCGGCAGACUGUAAACAGCGUGUCCACUUGCGCCCAGGCUCGCUGCGUGAUGCCGCACCGGCUACGCUGCACCUCCUGCCCUGCGAGGUUCUGGUGAGCCGGCCAGCUCCGGUGGAACGCUUUUUCACUCCCGCGGUGCGCCACGGUGCAGACGGACUGCAGGUAUCGUUUCGGGGUCGCGGCCUGCGGGGCGAGGAGGUGGCUGUGCCGCCAGGUUUUUCGGGAUUCGUGAUGGUGACGGAGGAGAUGGGAGAGGGGCUGAUAGGGAAGCUGAACUUCUCGGGGGACGCGGAAGACAAAACGGAAAAGAUGCAGGAACCGCUGGAGCGCGAUUUCGACCGCUUUAUCGGAGCCACCGGCAGCUUUAGCCACUUCACCCUGUGGGGUCUGGAAACGGUCCCUGGCCCGGAUGCCAAAGUGCACAAGGCCCUAGGUUGGCCCAGCCUCGCUGCAGCGAUUCACGCACAGGUGCCUGAGGACUGAGAGCCACAACAUGAAAAUGAAAGUCACAGAUCUCUUCACACCAGUAUGCCAGCAAUGAGUUCACUGUUUCUAUCCCAAUAAAUGAGCUCUUCACAACA